AUGUCGCAUGAUACGGCUCUGCACGGGAUCGACUAUACAAAGCCCGCCUCCGAGGACCCCUCACGCUUAAGGACCUUUUUCUCAAUUUUGCGAAAAUUUAUCGGGGUAACUGAUAUCGCAACAGCUCGCUUCUCUUUGCCAGCUCAACUCCUGGAGCCAACCCCAAAUCUAGUAUUGGAACUAUCUCGAUCGCCCCGAAAAUUUUAUCAGGUAUGCCUAGAGCCAAAAGUCCACCGGAAACAUAAAUCUGACUCGUUCAGUAUUGGAAAAUCCGAUGAUGAGCUAGGUCGCAUGCUAGAAGUCCUCAGAUUCUGGUUUACAAAGGAUGUGUGCUAUUGGGAAAUAGAGGAUUAUCGACCUCCUGUUUUUCCAAACUCGGUCGAGGAUACAUCCCCUGUUGUUCAAACAGUUGGUAACGGAGAAAAGGUCAGGAUAUCCUAUAUCACUGAACAAACGUCCCAUCAUCCGCCAGUCUCAGCUUUCUACGUGGACUGCCCGCAGCGAGGAAUCACGGCUCGUGGUUUUGAUCAAAUUAGCGCCAAGUUCAGUGGUACAAGCAUCCGGAUUGCUCCAGGGCAACACAAUUUAGGCAUCUUUAUCAGCUUGCACAGGCGGGAUAACGAAGAAUAUCGGCUUACACAUCCUGCUGCUCACAUCGGCGGAUGGCUUAGGGGAUCAUUGUCGAUAUCCGUCUCAGAUACAUGUUAUGUGAGCUGUGCCAAAACGAAGAUAAAGGCAAUUCUGCAGUAUCUUGAAGACGGUUGGCUCGGCAGAUCGCAUUACAGGGUAGUUGGGGUUAUCUUUCGGUAUGACCCAGAGAAUGAUAACAAAACGAAAAUAAAAGAAGUCCCCGAGGGCGAUGUCCUGGCAAAGAUAGACGGCAGUUGGCAUGAGCAGGUGUACUAUACCUUGGCUGGCUCAUCUGAACGCCAGCUACUCAUUGAUAUCUCACCCCUAUUUCCUGCGGCCAAGGUUGUUCCUCCGGAGGAAGUGCAGCUGCCCAACGAAUCUCGCCGAUGCUGGUCCGAAGUCACGGCUGCGAUCCAUGCUAGGCAAUAUAGCCUAGCAACCCAGCGCAAACACGAACUAGAAGAUCGUCAGAGGGUGAGGGCUGCCAUCAGAAUGGAGAAGAACCACGAAUGGAAACCGCGCUUCUUUAAAUACCCCAUUGAUAGCUCAGGGAGACCCGAGCUAACUGCCGAUGGUGAGAAGGUUCUAGAGAGGUUGCGUCGAGAUGAUUACACGUUGGAAGAGAAAGACGUGGCCUAA